AAACAACAGUGUUCUUGUUAUUUGACGCAAGGCAAAUCUCAUCACGUGACUUUUAGGCUGUAUCAGUCGUGACGUCAUUGAGCAGGUCUGACGGUAGCAGAGGUGAAGCGAGCUAAUACUGAGGACACCGAGCACGGCUGAUUUGUAGGAUUACACUUUAGUAGUGUGGGAUUGAUUUCAGACGUGCAGCAUCAUGGGGGAGUUAUUUCGCAGUGAGGAGAUGACUCUUGCCCAGCUCUUCCUUCAGUCUGAAGCAGCUUAUUGCUGUGUCAGUGAACUGGGAGAGCUUGGAAUGGUUCAGUUCAGAGAUCUCAACCCUGAUGUGAACGUGUUUCAGAGAAAGUUUGUGAAUGAAGUGAGACGCUGUGAGGAAAUGGACAGGAAACUCCGGUUUGUUGAGAAAGAGAUUAAAAAAGCCAACAUUCCACCUAUGGACACUGGUGAGAAUCCUGAAGUUCCAUUCCCACGAGACAUGAUUGACCUUGAGGCAACUUUUGAGAAACUAGAAAAUGAAUUGAAGGAGAUCAACACAAACCAGGAGGCAUUAAAGAAGAACUUUCUGGAGCUGACUGAACUGAAGCAUAUCCUCAGACGUACACAGCAGUUCUUUGAUGAGAUGGAGGAUCCUAACCUGUUAGAGGAGUCAUCAUCUCUGCUGGACCCCAGUGAGGCGGGCCGUGGAGCUCCACUGCGACUGGGGUUUGUGGCUGGGGUUAUAAACCGUGAGAGAAUCCCUACGUUUGAGAGGAUGCUGUGGAGAGUCUGUCGUGGAAAUGUCUUUUUAAGACAGGCAGAGAUUGAGGACCCUCUUGAGGACCCCACAACAGGAGAUCAGGUGCACAAAUCUGUAUUUAUCAUCUUCUUCCAAGGAGACCAGCUGAAAAACAGAGUGAAGAAGAUCUGUGAAGGGUUUCGUGCAUCUUUGUACCCCUGUCCUGAGACCCCUCAGGAGAGAAAAGAAAUGGCAGCUGGUGUCAACACCCGCAUUGAUGACCUUCAGAUGGUUUUGAAUCAAACUGAGGACCAUCGGCAGAGGGUUUUGCAGGCAGCUGCUAAAACCAUACGUGUGUGGUUCAUUAAAGUGAGGAAGAUGAAGGCCAUUUAUCACACACUGAACCUCUGUAACAUUGAUGUUACACAGAAAUGUUUGAUAGCAGAGGUCUGGUGCCCUGUGUCUGAUCUUGACUCCAUUCAGUUCGCUCUGCGCAGGGGAACAGAACGGAGCGGCUCCACAGUUCCCUCCAUCUUAAAUCGAAUGCAAACCAAACAGACUCCUCCUACUUACAACAAGACCAACAAGUUCACAUCAGGUUUCCAGAAUAUUGUUGAUGCGUAUGGAAUUGGAACCUACAGAGAAAUCAACCCAGCGCCCUACACCAUCAUUACCUUCCCCUUCCUGUUUGCUGUGAUGUUUGGUGACAUGGGUCAUGGUUUGCUGAUGACAUGUGCAGCGCUUUAUCUUGUCAUCAGAGAGAGUCGCCUGCUUGCUCAGAAGAGUGACAAUGAGAUGUUUAACAUGAUAUUUGCCGGCCGUUAUAUUGUCCUUCUGAUGGGAAUUUUCUCUGUGUACACCGGUCUCAUAUAUAAUGACUGCUUCUCCAAGUCCCUCAACAUGUUUGGCUCUAGCUGGAGCGUGCGGCCCAUGUUUACCUCCUCAAGCUCAAAUUGGACAUUUAAGACACUGGAUUCAAACCCUGUUCUUCAGUUAGAUCCUGCAGUUCCAGGAGUGUUUGGUGGCCCCUAUCCUUUGGGCAUUGACCCUAUCUGGAAUAUUGCCACAAAUAAGCUGACGUUCCUCAACUCGUUUAAAAUGAAGAUGUCUGUAAUCCUGGGUGUCAUUCACAUGCUGUUCGGAGUCACACUUUCCCUCUUCAAUCACCUGUACUUUAAGAAGCCUCUGAACAUUUUCCUGGGUUUCAUUCCAGAGAUCGUGUUUAUGAGCAGUCUUUUUGGUUAUUUGAUUCUUCUCAUCUUUUAUAAGUGGACAGCUUACGAUGCAGCGACUUCCAAGGAUGCUCCCAGUCUGCUCAUUGCAUUUAUCAAUAUGUGUUUAUUCAACUACAAUGACCCCACCAACAAACCCCUGUACAGAGGACAGGUAGGGAUUCAGUGUCUGUUGGUGGUGAUAGCUCUUGCAUGUGUACCAUGUAUGCUGGUGGUGAAGACUAUGGUCCUGCGCCGUCAGCACCUGUGGAAGAAACACUUGUCCCAGAUGAGGGAAGCAAGACCUGCUGAGAAUCUAGAAACUUUAGAGCAGACAGGCACCAGCUCACCCACCGGACUCACCCAACAGGGCACACAGAAGUUUGGUGGCGUCCGGAUUGGAAACGGGCCUACCGAGGACGAGGCGGAGAUCAUAGACCAUGACCAGCUCUCACAGCACUCAGAGGAAGGAGAUGAGCAUUCAGAGGAAGAACCGUUUAACUUUGGAGACGUGGCCGUUAAUCAGGCCAUUCACACUAUAGAGUACUGUCUAGGGUGCAUCUCCAACACAGCUUCGUACCUGCGGCUCUGGGCUCUUAGUUUGGCUCAUGCUCAGUUGUCUGAGGUGCUGUGGGGUAUGGUGAUGCGUAUUGGGCUGUCCUCUCAGAGUGGGGCUGGAUUCUUUGGCCUGUCAAUCGUUUUCUCUGCAUUUGCCACACUGACAGUGUGCAUCUUACUGAUCAUGGAAGGAUUAUCUGCAUUCCUGCAUGCUCUGCGACUGCAUUGGGUGGAGUUCCAAAAUAAAUUUUACACAGGACUGGGCUUCAAGUUUUUCCCCUUUUCCUUUGUGAGCAUCCUGGAAGGUAGAUUCGAUGAGUGAGCUCACCACACUUGAUAUCAUCAACUUACACUGCUGCAUGGAUCCUUGUCUCAGCCCUUCUCUUCAAGAGUUUUUUUAAAUGCAUUCGUGACCUUUAAAUCUCUAAGUGUGUUUUUGAGAUGUGUUGUGUGCUGUAAGCCUUCUCAUCUGUGGCCUGUUGCAUGCGUUGAACAAACUCAGAGUUGCAGAGUAAGGUUUGAGUUGUCAAAUCCAAGCAGUUUUGUUGUGUGAUGUUGGUCAACUUUCUCUCUCAGCUCAGUUUAAACCCUGAAUCAAUGGUUACUCCUCAUGUACAUUCACAUAAAAGGCUUUUUUGGUGUAUGUUUUAGUGUGUUUUUAGUGAACAUCCAGUAACAUUCAACAUGGUUAAAAAAUAGAUAUGCAAAUUUCUCUGUAAAAUAAAUUAUACGUAAGUAUGAGGACUUAAAAACCUUAUUAACAGCAUACAGCAACACUGUUUUCUUUGGAUUAAGGACAUUAUGGUUUUAUGGCACAUUUUUAUAGUAUCACAAUGACUAACUUUUAACAGAGGAUAAAACCGAAUAAAAACUCCUAAAUAUUUAAAAAUAGAAAUGGACCAAUAGAAAUUUUAUCCACCGAUACGAUUUUUCAUACUGAUAUCUGCCGAUAGUUUGGUGGUUAUAUUAACUUGGUGCAUCGCUAUUUAAAAUGAAUAAUAAAGUACAGAAAUGUACACACAAACCCAGGGAACACAUGUUGGUAAAAAACGUAUACCUUGUAAUGCACUGUAAGUUGUUUUGGUUAAAAGCGUCUGCCAAAUAUGUAAAUGGAAUAAUGAAAAAGUAAAAACAGUAAAAGAUAACCAUAAUAUUUAAAGAUAAUGUUUAAAAAAGAUGAUAAUCGAGAUUUAACUUUAUAUAACUUUAAUUCUUUAUUACACUUGGAUGCAUCCCAGUCUCCAAAAGAUCUUGGAAGCAUAUUGAAGGAACAAUAUGUAAGAUUUUCACAUUAAAUUAUCCAAAACCUACUAGCAUAUUGUGUAAUAUUUUGUUCACAUGUAUAAGUACAUUUUAUACCAAAUGUUGUAAAAAAAAUUUAAAAAGCGUUUUGCCCCUGUUAAUUUACAAUAGCAUUAGGAAAAUUGUGAAGAGCAAUAUCUGAUAAUUUAAGAGUAUAGCAUAACUGUAUUUACUACAUUAUACGUGUCAAGAAAUUCCAGUUUUAAAAUGUCCUUAAAUUAUUAGAUAGCCAUAAUAUUUAUAUAGCUGGAACCCUGUUAAUAAUGUUCUGCAUCUAUAAAUGAAACAAUUUGCUUCCUUAUAAAAGUUAUAGAAAAUGGUCAAGAUUUCUCCACUUUUUUUGGACUUCUGCAAAUGUCUUGUUUAAAGGGGACUCUUUCCCUGCCAAUGACAAGUUAACUCGUCAAUUAAGAGAAAACGCUUCCAUGUCAAUGACCAGUUUUUCCGUCAAUCCAUAUUUUCGCUAUUAUCCACCAGUUGGUGCUUAUGCUGUGUAUGUUUUGAUCAUCGCUUUUAAUCUGAUCUAUCUAAAGUCCUUCACAAAAAUGCAAUUAUCUCAGCUUAUUGCUCAAAAUUUUGUAUUUUUGAAGAAACCUACCCAUAUUUGAGAAGUGAUAAAAAGAGAACAAAUUAAGCUAGGAUGAAUUUUUUGUUUGUUUGAAAGCAGAGAGUCUGUUCUUUCAUUUAUUGUUUCAUUUAUCAUAUAUUGUAUGUCAUUUUCUGGAAGGCAUUUAACUUUUGUGAAAAUCACAACAUAUGCUGGCACUGGCUGGCAAAUAAAAAAAACACUGGCGGGGAAAGAGUUAACUAAGGUUUAAGCCCAGUUUGUUUGCAUUAUAUCCAUUGACCCUGUAUGGGCAGGCGAAAGUCUUGGUGUGAUUUCACAAGUCAAAGUUUAAUUGAGCAAAAACUAACAAAAUCCAAUCAGAACUCCAAUGCAUAAGACUAUCAUAUAGCAGACAUGAAGAAAUAUCUAAAGAUAUGAAGAACUACAGUAAAUUAAAAAGAGAUCUAUUGUCGAUUUCAUUUGUUAUCAUUUUCUCAGCUGUGUGUUGCUCAUAAGAAAGCAUAUCAAUAAAGUUUUUAAGUCUUUGUUAAGUACUGAGUUUAUUUGUGGUUGUAUUUUAUUGUUUCGCUGUAUUAGGGAUGUGAGAGGUAAAUAUUUGUGCAUGAACACACAUUUAAAGAAUAAGGAUUAUAGAGGUGAAAAUCAAGUAUGUUUGUGGUAAGAUCUGUGAAGCAUCUUUCUACAUCUGAUAAUUAAAUGUACUGAGCUAAAUAAACUAUUGUAAAAGUG